GUUGCAGUUGGUUUAGAAGGGACCACUUUAUACAAAUCUUUCAAAUGUUUGGUACUUCUAAUAAAUGGAAUAAUCUAUUCUAAUAAAUUUAAAGUGUUAUGUAGUUAAAUGAAAAGGUAUUAUAAUGAGUUGAUUAUAUAUUUAUUCUUAAUUCAAACCUAGAUUUGGAAAAGAAAAAGUAGCUUAAUAAACUUGACCACAUAGUUUCGGUGAUAUUCAGUUACAGGUAAUUAUGACAAAUCUGACAAACCAAAUAUGGAAACCUUAAGAGCCACGCUUCCAGGAGUCAGACUCUGAGAUUUCAGUCUUAGCCUAAACUCAGCUUGUUGUUUAUAUUUUUUCCAAACUGUUUCCACAUUAUCUUAAUUAUAAAACUGGGGGUUGCUGUAGGAAUCGAGUAAUCUAAAACCUCUAACAAUUGAAAAAACAAAGACCCACAUGAGAAGAUAAUACUAGAAUAAAGAUGUUUUUGGUGAUUUGGAUGAGCUUAGCCUUCAUUAACAUAUCUUUAGUACAGAUGUAACGUUUACAUGUGUGGUCAUGUUGUCUUUUUUUAUUUAAUGAACUUUGUAGAAAAAAACUAAGUAAUGAAAUUUCAUGCUGUAUUUCUUUGCAUUUUAUUAUGUGUAAGACAACCAUUUUAUAGUUACAUGACCAGCUGUGAACCUCUAAGCACAGUGUGGCUCAUUUUUAUUUGUCUUCAGGUACUACGUGUGAUUUACAUUAGGAGAGAUCAAACCCAAUAAUCCCCUCUGCUGGCCCCUGUGCAAUAACCAUCAAUUUCCCAUCAUAGUUUGUGUUGAUUAGAAAAGCUACAUGUUUAAUUGCUGGUAAAUGUAACAACAUUAGAUCUCAUGCUCCUCCCAUCAGAAGCUCAUUACUCAGACUUGUUAGAUUUAAUCAAAAAGAAAAGAAGACUUGUGUCUAAUUAUAUGCUCUAUUUCAUUUGGCUCCACACAUGGGCUGCACCUUUAUGUUAGGUGUCUUUACAAUGGUUAUCUAAUGUUAAAUAUGAACAUUUAGUAUUCCUCUUAUGUUGCUAUCUGUUCAUAUCUACUCAAUUCGGUUUCUGGUUUCUGUAAACAUUUCACAAUCAAUUUACAUUUAAAUAAUAAUGACUCAAAUAGUAAAGAGAAAAGCAUUAAUGAAUAAUUUUAGCCCACAUAAAAGCUCAAAAGUUUUAUAAAAGAUGGAGGUUAUCUUAGUGAUAUCAUACAUCAGUGGCAGUCUGCAGACCGGACAGACAGAGGUGACCUGAGGCAGGCUUUUAGCCCUGUAAACAGAACAACCACCUGUCAGCCAACUUACUAAGCCUUUAGUUUUGAAUAGCUCUUAGUCUUUUAAUAAUGAAUACAUUAUUCAAUUUUGGCCUAUAAACUUGUUUCAUCUGGAAAUUCUGCAUAUUUUUACACUACUGCACUCAGAGGCAUGUUUAGAGGGGUGGCCAGGGGUGACACUACCCCCUCCCCUUGAGAUCUGAUUGCCACCCCAUGUUGUCAUCCCAAAAUCCUAAACUAUAAUAGUCCAUCAGCCUUGUUAAUGGCAGAACUUUAAAUCUAACUACUGAGACUGUCCUAUCAGGCUGUUAGUACCUUUCUUUUUAUUCAAUGUGGCUCAUUUUCUUGAUCUUCUCGUAUGUUAACGUGUUGACACUCGGUUGUGUUCCUGACCGAUAUAAAAUUAUUAUACCCUGGAAUAUAAAAUCUUUAUGACACUUUCUGAAUGUUGUUAGAGUGGAUAGAGAAGAGACUGUAAAAGCUGUUAAUGUGUGUGUUUACAUGCAUACCCUGGGCACCCCUGCCUGUGUAGGUGUGGUUGGGCCACCCUAAUCAAAAAGUCUAGAUACGGCCCUGUUUACAGAUGCUUCAUGUUUCAACGGGAGAUUAACGCUGUAUAAAAAUCAUGAUCUGUGUUUUACUGCAUCAUUCAUAUUAACAUCAAUGCAACUGUAUUUAGAGUGCAGGAAAAGAGAUCAUGUGCACAAGUAAAGUACACAGCUGGAUUUUAGAAAAAUUCAUUUCCAUCCAUCACAUAAGAGUUUUGGUAAAUGAGCCAUAGUCUGUUUUGUGGCUUUUAUACUCACUAUUAUACUCAUGAAUUUUUGCAUGGAUUCAAUGCUUUUUUUAAUUUUUAUAAUGUAUCUUACAAACUGUCAAAAUGGCAUUUCUGGUGCAGUUUUCUCUGUUUUAGCCGAGUUGAAAAGUUUUGUAUUGGUACACUAUCACCAUUCUAUCAAACCUAAAAACCUCUUAAUAGUGCUUUUAAUUACACACUAGUACUUCUGGGAUAUUUCCAAAAAGAAUGACUUUAAUAGCGACUACAUAAGGGAACGUCACUUAUUUAUGAAACCCUCUAAAAUGUACUCUGCUUUGUACAACAGAGCUCAGAGAACAGUAUGUGGUUACAGUAUAAACAAGUAUAAUCAACUCUCCCUCAUUCAAAAUCUGCUUUGAGAUAUCAACAUUUACGACAGACAGUAUGGGGCAACUAUUGAUCAUGUUUUUAUCUGCUCAAUGAGUCAUUAUCAAUGCCAAAGAUGUCACCAAACUUGCCCUAAGAGAUCACUUCCCAUAUGAGAAGACAGAUGACAAAGAAGUGAUAAAAUAUAUCUAAAACAGGGGUAAUUUGCAUGUACAGUAUAUGUGGAUUUCUUGUAGUCAUGUGACCUCAUAUGACAGAAGAAGAUAUCAUAACCAGACAUCUUGAUUUCAGGCUGUUCCCUUCUCCAACAACGCUCUCACAUCAAGAGGCUUUUCUCCCUGCUUUGUUUGACGAGGAGCUGCUGCUUGGUAGAGCACACUUUGCUUGCAGUACGGAGGGGAAGAAAAUCUGAUUAAACAAUUAGUGUCAAUUAGCCCCGACCAAAUCAUUCUACAAACAAUUGGUCUCUAGUGCCCGGCUUAAUUACAGGCGACUUUCAGCUCCUUAUCACCAGCCCUGUCGCUCGUGAUUCAUGUCCGACUCACGCCUGUCCCUCAAGCACCAUCAAUUAUCCACCAGUAAACAAAUCCACAAGGCAAAAGAAAAAAAAAUACAUGCAGCUCCAGGUCCCAGGCCUGAUUAUCAUAGCUCUAUGUACACUGUUCAUCUGCUCUGGUACUACACAUAAUCAGACUUGUGUUGUCAUUUUUUCAUGUUCCAGUAAUUACAGUAUACAAAUUUGGAUUGAUUUGGGAGGAAAAUGCCCCAAUCUGUAGGAAAGACCUUCAAGACUGCUGCUAGAUUAAAAUCUGUCUAAAUUAAAGUGAUAAUCAGGAAUUUAAAAAAGCAUGCCUUAUAAAGUCCAUCAUAAUAAACUUUUGAUACUUUGAGAAAACUCCCUUAUCCUACAGAAGGAUCUCCCUUUUCUUGUACUUUUUAAGCUAUAUUCAAAUAAUUUACCCAGGAGUCUGAUGUCAGUCUGUGGAGAGAUCUGACAGUUAAUAAUGAAAUAAUAAAAAAUGUGUUUCUGGUUUAGUUUCAUGCUUUGUAUGGAAACAGCAGGGAUUUCGACGUUUGAAAGUGUAAACACAACACUAUACAGGUAUGAUCACGUCUCAAAAAUGUGAGGUCAGAGCUCCUGAUUUUAACACACAAACAUCGACACAUAUACCGCCAACACACAAAAGGUGUGAAGGGGAGCGACAGCAGGCGCGAUGACAUGUUAAAUUACCCCGGUGAUGUAUAGCUUAAUGAACCCCUUGUGUUGAUCACGCUCCACAUUAAUCAACAGCCAUGAACAGAUUCCCUUAUUUUCUCAAUGCUGCCUUGAUAAACUGCAAUUUCAUUUAACCUUGGACAGCAACUUUAAUAGCUUCCACAGGACAACUGUCAAUACUUCCCUGGGUAUACAGUGAUUAAAUUGCAAGGCGAGAAGUGUGUCCCAGCUUCCUCCUCAUGCUCAUCCUACAUCUCCCUCUCCUCUCCUCUCCUCUCCUCUCCUCUCCUCUCCUCUCCUCGCCCCCAUCCCCACCCCCCUCUUUGCUUCAAAUCACAAUUUGUACUUUCCCACAUGCACAGUCCACACUUAAAGGCCAAAGUCAAAUCAGAAAUAUUUGGACUCCACAGUGAAACAACAUAAUCUGUUUCAGUGUGUUGUGGUUUUUCUUCUGACACAGACCUGGAUUUGUCAUUGUGGCAGCUAACUUACAUGGUUUAAAUGAAGUGUUAUCAGGAGAAUAACCUGUUGAUCCCCUUUUUGAAUGUGGUAUUUUACACAACCCUAUUAAAAGGCUGAUGACUGACUUCUAUUAAUAAAUAAUAUAACAAUAAUAAACUGAGUGCUCAAACGCAUUCUUAAUGAUGAUUUUAAAACAUGAGAUAAACGGGCUCUAGAGUAAGAUCCCCAUCACAUUUAGUUGUCUUUCUUAAAUUUGCUUGUUGUCCUCCAGCUCCUGUCUCGACAGGAUAAAACAAGCUGGUGACAGGCAGUGACCUGAGGCCUGUCACAAUGAUUUUCUGUGAUAUCCUCCACCCUUGUCAAUUUAGCAUAAAUUACCAGCCAUGAAAGACCCGCUGGCUGAUUAAAACCAAUUGUCUGGGUAGGGAAGGACAAGGCAACCUCUUUAUUAUAUGAUAAACUAAGUUAAUGGAAGACGACAAUCUCCCCUCUGGGAAAUCGGACUGACUCUUAAUUAAAGCAUUGUGUUUUUUCUGGGCUGGAUAGAUGGACCGGCACGCUCUUGAAUGAAACUUUUAGGAUAAUGUGAUGGACAAGUUAAACAACACAUCAGGAUUUGGAAUAAAUACAAAUUUAUGCUUCCAUGUAAAUUAAGGAAAAGGAGGGAAAAAGCAUUUUUCAUUUGAACAUUUUGAGAACAUAAUCAGUGCCAAUCACAGGAUCCUUACUUGCCACAAAUGAUGCAACUGUGUGUUUCUAACAGAUUUGUUUAUGAAAAAAAACAUACCUGACACUUGGUAAUUACACUUGAUCUCAGAACAAAUUAUCACCUUUGGAGAACAUGUUUCAUUAUCACAUCCGAGGCUGAAGAGAUUCUUAUGUGUUGUUACAGAUCAAGUAGAAAAAGAGUCUGUGUUUUUUUUUUUUGUUUUUUUUGGAGGCAGGCAACAGUACGAGUUUGCCUUACUGUUGUGAUGACAUAACAGAAAAAGCAAACAUUUCUCCGUCCUGCGCCUCUCAUCGGCUUCCUCCACCCACACUUGAGAGGUGACAGGCAUGCACCCGGACUUCCAUUAUUAUCCAACACAGCAAGAAUGCCUCCAGGAGGAUAAUUACUGAAACUUGAAGAGCUGGGGCUAAUCCUAAGUACUUCACUUUGUAUGACCGGCUCGCCUGCUUGUCUCUUAGGCUGCCGCUCACACUGACAAAGUGCGAUGUUGGGCUUGGGGAAAGUCAAUAAGAAGACCUCAUGGCCCACAGAUGUAGCAGGAGAGUCAAACGGUGGCAAAAUUCACUAAUAUGUCUGUUUAUCAUAAACAACCUAGGUUUGAAGCAUUGUGAUCUCACUGAGAGAAAACACAGCCAGACAAAAAAAACACAUCAUAGCACCAAAAAAAACUUUAAAAGUAUAUCCUCAAUAAUUAAGUCACUAAUUUCAGACUGGCAAGAAAAAGAAAUCACACUAAAACUAAAAGUCCUGGACAGAAGGUCGCUGCUGCUGGCAUCAGACAAGCUUUGACUGACAGGUGCUCAGACGGAUCAUUAGCACCCUGUCCUGACAUAUUUGUGUGACAUGUCUCAUCAUGACACCCACUGCGACGCAGGCGAUGUUCGUUACUUAACAUAUAAUUAUACGAAGACAAAUUAUGCCUGUUGAAGUUUUCAUGGACAUGGUUUCCAUUAAACCAGCAACACACUAACUACGAACAAUGAGGCCAAAAAUGUUCAAAACAUGAAGAAAGUUUGAAUGAAAUCUUUUCAAUGACCUGACAAGCUGAUUUAAUGAUUUCUUUUUCACGUGAUGGUAUUGAAUUAAAUUUUCUCCUUCAACAAAAAACAACUUUAAAAGUAAAAAAAAGAGAGUUUUUGUCGUCUCUUUCCAUUCAUCCCAGGAGAAACCAGAGGCUCCCGUCCUGCAGGACAAAGCCCGGAACAGCUGGCUGAUCGAUACCCGACAAAGGCUCAGGGGUUAGAGCAGUCAAAAGAUUGUUAACUAGCCAUUUUAUCUGCCAGACAUUUAUAUCAUUGUUUAUGGUUCAGUGCACCCCUUUUGGUGCCGGCCAUACUGCACACCUGUGCUUGGAACAUUUUCAGGGCCUCUUUGACCACUUUGCAUGACCUCAUGGGCAAAGAAAAUAAAUGACACAUGAUCCCCGGUAAAACACCAAAUAAAUACAGGGGUAGUUAGAGCUGUUUGUGUUUAUUUUCCUGUGAUAUUCACAUCAUUGAUUUUCAUAUCAACACACUGUGCGUCAUUGUCAGCACCUAAUUUGAAAGAUAAAAGUGUUAUCUAUAUGAAAGUUUCAGAAAAAGCAUUAAUGUGUGCAUUUUUGCAGCUAAGUGCCACGUGCAGGUGUGAGGAGACUGGGGAUCAGCCUAUAUUUGCACAUUCCUGCAUAUGCAUGUGUGUGUUUAUGUUUGUGUAAAUAUGAGUGUGGCUUUACCAUGCGUCCCAGCCCUCCAACACAUGGCUCUGUUGCCACCGCCCUGGCUCGUGUUGUGAGUGUCCCUGCAGGCUGGCAGAGAAGAGAGGGGAGAGACCCUCUCGGCGGCUCACCCAGGCGGAGAGGGGCUUCCUGCACAUCUUUUGUCACACCAUUUGGGUCCUUGUGUCUGUGGCUGCCCCUCACUCUGCUUCGGACCCACUUGGCAGCUCGGGGUGCAGACGGACAUCUGCUGUUUGCAACCUCCUGGUGAAGAGAGAAAACAACAAGCAAAAGAGCCUGCUUUCUCACUCUCUGCCCUGCACACUUGCCUGCACACUGAGGACAGUGACAGUGUUAGUGGCAGCAGCUCUAUCUAUCUAUCUAUCUAUGACAGUAUAGUUUAUUCAAGUUUUCUGUCUUACAUUUGCCAAAAACGUGUAAAAUUAAAAAAAAAAUCACUUCAUUAGAAAAUAGUGACACAUUCUGACUUUGGGUGCUUUUUGUAGAGCAACAGCAGUCUGGUAAUUUCAGGUUAGAGUCACAAGUGAUUACCCUUUCUUUCCUCCCAGAAAAUUGUGAUAGGAAGGCCCCUUAGAUUAUCGUUUUGCUUUGUAAACCUUCACAUUAAAGUAAAUUUCUGCAUCUCUGGUUUUCACUCCUUUCUCCCGGCUUCUCUAAGCGCACUGAUUCUGCAGCACGCAAUAUUGAACACACUUUGUUCGUGCUCAGCGGCCCAGAAUAACUCGGUCAUUAUGAUGUGGAAGGGGACAGGUUUUGAGUUUGAUUUCAUGAUGGUAAUAUAGCCCCUGUGCGCAGGAGAAAGAAAGCCUUCAAUGGGGACAUCUGUUCAAUGCGGGCUUACAGUUACAGCCGCGCGUUAAAGAACAACCUGUGCGCACCAUAUGAACUAUUACCGACCCUCUAACGUGCUGAAAGCAACAGGCAACAAAGGGCUGUUUUUGGGGAGGUUUUGCGCUUAGAAUAAAUUAGGCAAUUUGAUUUCGAAGCGCACGUGGAUUAAAUAUCUCUUACGGCUUCAGCAGGAAGAUGUUUCCUGUCGGGGAGUUAUCACACUGACCUCUGACAUCAGCCUUGCUGGGAUGAUCACUUGGUAAUUUGUCACCAGAGGCCAACAUGUCCCCCAAAGCUGCAGUCCAAACCCUGCUCUCCAAAUGCGUAAAAUCCCUAUUACGCACAAUAAUUGAACGGCCAUCAUCUUUAGGGGGAAAUUAAGGGGAAAACCAGAUUUUACGCACAAACAUUGAAUUAUUAUUUUUAUUUUUAUUUUAUUUUUGCAGAACUAAUUUUAAAUAGCGUCUGCACGUUUUUUAAUCCCUAUAGGUGUUGCAUGCAGAAGAAGCUUUUCAACCGAUUUUUUUUUUACACUCCCCAAGUAAUUCUUAAUUGAAUAUCCAGUGUAAGAUUUCUCCUGCACGGUGCACAGUCACACCGGCAGCGGGAGAUGCUGUGUUUCCUUCUGCAGAGAGCAAACGUCUAGGGUCAAUCAAUGAAAGCAGUGUGGAGCGGAGCAGCACGGUACGUAGGUUUUAUUCUCCUCAUUACUUUGUCACAUGUUUUAUUCGUCUCUAAACGCGCUUUUUACGCGAUUUUCACAGCACGCUAUCAUAUUUCGACAGUUUGUUUGAUUAGUUGGAUUGGCGGGUAUAAAAAAUAACAAAUGAGCAGAAAACAGAUCGAUACAAGCUCCUUUCUUAUCUCCAACGUCAAUAAGGCAAGUGUGUGUGUAUGUGUGUUUCCUGAUUAUCUAAAAUCUGUCCUUGCUUUUAUAAAUUCGUGCCAUACCUUUGUCCAUCUUUACCCAUAAUUAAUUAAAUUGACACUUCACGCCUGAGUUUAUGGACAAGUUUAAAUAAGAAUGUUUAGAAAUAAAGAUUGGUGUUGAAUUCAUGAAAUAUGUCAAAAAGAGAUAAUUCUCUCUAAAUUAUGUGUAUUAUUGGCCUCUGAAUAAGACACGAGCUGUAAGAAUAAUAAUUGAAUACAUGUGUGUUGCCGGGCUUUUUCUUUUUCUUUUGAUUUUUGUUUUACACAGUUACAUUUGACUAUCUUUGGCCUCUUUUUAGUUUUCCCUGCCCCUUCAUUUUUUACGCCUGAAGGUAAAGCAGUGUAAAUUAAUCCAAAAAGCUGUUGUCCAAUCCUAGAAACACAAGAAUUAAUCAGAGAGUCCAUCUAUCACGCCGUGUAAUAAAGGAAGCGACAUGGGUUAGGCAGAUGAUGUGAUGAAUAAUCCUUGGUCGUUUUAAUUAACUUUUCCCUGUCCUGUAAUGACCAAGCUGGUCAACAGAGCCGGUCAAUAAGCAUGUUAAUAUCAAACAAAUAAAAGUGCGGAUGAUUAAAAACCUCCUGCGUUAUUAAAUUUGAAAUUCAAAUGAAAUUUAUGCCUCCGGUGCACACUGCAUGCUAAUAGCGCCCACAGAGAGUCCCAGGGUUCAACGCGCGUUUAGCCUACAAGUUCUCUUAUGUAACAGCAGAUUCAGCUUUAGAUUGAGCUAAAUGUCAGUAAGCAAAGUGAUGAACCCAUUCAACAGAAGCAGCUGAUUUUAUCUUCAGUCUGACACGGGGGUGAGCUCUCACUUUAAUGAAUUAUUUCUGUUAACCUGACGCAGCAUCCCUGCCAAUACUGACCCCUCAGAGAGAUAUCCCCUUCUUAUUUUCUAAUUUAGAGAAAAAUGAUCCAAAGUCAUUCACUCUAAUCAUCUUCCUCUUCUUCUUCUGUUGUUUUAAGAGCAUAAAAACGAAUCAUCCUCCGGCGGUAUGCUCCAUCUACCACUUUUAAUCAAAAACACUUGAAGAUAAUUGAGCACAAUUACAGUCAAGUGAAAGUUUGAGGUCCACUCCUCGGAACAAGGCGACCUUUGUAUGUUGUGUAAUUGUUUGUGUAUAUUAAGUCUUAAAAAGUUAAAACGUGGAAAAACACGCAAGAGCCAGGAUGGUGCUGAGAGAGAGAGACAUUUUUAAGUGUUGAAACUUUAUGAGGAGGCAAUGUAAAGCAAAACACCUGCAUCAGAUAUGAAAUUUCACAAAAGCCUGCAGGUCCAGGAUGAGUUAGAAGUGACCUACUUUAACUUUUGAGGGUUUUUUAAGGGGAGAGUUAGCACUGAGCGUUAAAAAAAGAACUUCAAUAGGAGUUAAUGGUAUAAAUAGAGCGGUUUACUCCCUCGUGCACCUUUUUAGCGAUGUUUUAGUCUAGUUUGUUUUACCACAGUCAGCCGACGUGAAAUAGCCCCACUCAUCGUCCUACUCUCAAAUUUAUGGAACGUGAUGUUCUGUAAAAUUUCAAUAAGUGGCCCCCUAAUUCCUCCUUCCUAAUUCACUCUCAUUUAACUUUACCUUCCUUCCGCUGUCUUUCUUAUGGAGGGGGCGGUGGUGGGGGUGGUGGAGGAGGGUGGAGAGCUGUCUGAGGGCGCUCUAUUGAUGACCUCACGGUGGUUUGUGUGGCGGUGCGGCGGGACGAGGCCGCUGAUUGGUCGCCCGUGUCACAGCGGCACUUCAAAGCCCGGAGAGGAGCCUACAAUUGUGGAAGAAUGGGCGGAACACAUCAUUGUAUUGCACACCUCUAAAAAAACAGUGCUCUGAUUCAUAAAUAUAAAAAGAUCCUCUGAGGAGGGCACUGUUUUUGUGUGAUGGCAACUUCACUUCUAGGGGUGAGUCGAAAGGACUUUCUUGCUGGUUUAAUUAGUUCUUGUCAUUGUCCGGCGGAGGGGGAUUAAACUUACAGCAGGCAGCGGAGGCAGUGCGUUGGUUAUAGUUUGAAGAAGCGCUUGUUGUGUGAAGUGAAGCUCAGACUGCUUACGGGAUAGACAUUUAUGCUGCUUCUGCUUACAACAAAUGCAGGUUUUUUUUUUCCUCGCUGUCCUGUCUGGCAUGCAUUUGUAAGCGCAGUUGUGCCGCGUUUCAGUUGUCUACUUUCUGUUUGUCCAGGUAGGAGGUAAUCAGAAUCAUAUCUUCUUGUUUUAAAACUUUUUUUGAAACUAUUAUUUGAGCUGGCUCCUCUUUCAAAGAAAUGUCUGCAUGAACCUGUUUAACUUGUUCGACUGACCACUCACUCACUCACUCACUCACUCACUCACUCACUCACUCACUUCUUUUCUGUUCCCCUCAGGAGGAGCCGAGGUUAGGAUCGACUCCUUUAGCCAUGUUAGCAGCAACAUGCAACAAAAUAGGGAGUCCGAGCCCUUCACCCUCCACUAUUUCGGAUAAUUCUUCGUCUUUUGGAAAAGGCUUCCAUCCAUGGAAGAGAGCAGCCGCCGCCAGCAGCUGCAGCCUCGGAUCCGGCCUGUCCGGUUUCGGAGUGGCCCGCAACGGAUCCGGCAUCACGGACUCUUUCGGCACCAACAGCUCGAGUGGAUCAAGCGCUUUUUCCCUCACGUCCGGUACCUCGACUAGUUCACACUUUGGAAACGACUACUCGGUUUUCCAAGCGUCUGUUUCGAGCAGCUCUCAAGAGUCCAGCCACCAGCCGGUCUUCAUCUCCAAAGUGCACACCUCAGUGGACAGUCUUCAGGGCAUCUAUCCGAGGAUGAGCGUGGCGCAUCCCUACGAGUCUUGGUUCAAAUCGUCUCACCCCGGGAUCCCCGCUGGUGAGGUUGGGACCACCGGAGCGUCCGCGUGGUGGGACGUGGGAGCGGGAUGGAUUGAUGUUCAGAACCCUAACGGAGCAGCACUUCAGACGUCCUUACACUCCGGUGGGCUGCAGACCUCCCUGCACUCUCCUCUGGGCGGAUAUAAUUCUGAUUACUCCAGUUUAAGUCACUCUGCCUUCAGCACGAGCCCCUCUCCACACCUGUUGACAACCGGGCAGCACCUGAUGGACGGUUUCAAACCGGUGUUAUCCUCAUAUCCGGACACGAGCCCCUCUCCGUUAGCCGGGGCAGGGGGGACUAUGCUCUCCGGGGCUCCACCUGCGUCUUUGGCGGGAUCCCCGAGGUCAUCAGCUCGGCGGUACUCGGGCAGAGCCACGUGCGACUGUCCGAACUGCCAGGAAGCGGAGAGACUGGGACCGGCGGGCGCGAGCCUCCGGAGGAAAGGUCUUCACAGCUGUCACAUCCCCGGCUGUGGAAAGGUGUACGGAAAAACGUCACACCUAAAGGCGCAUUUGAGGUGGCACACCGGCGAGAGGCCGUUUGUGUGCAACUGGCUCUUUUGCGGUAAGAGGUUCACGCGCUCCGACGAGCUCCAGCGACAUUUACGCACGCACACCGGGGAGAAAAGGUUCGCCUGCCCGGUGUGCAACAAGAGAUUUAUGCGGAGCGAUCACCUGAGUAAACACGUAAAGACUCACAGCGCCGGGGGGUCCGCUGGCUCUGGGUCCGGGGGCAGCGGAGGGAAGAGGGGGAGUGAUACCGACAGCGAGCACAGCGCGCCGGGGAGCCCUCCGUGCCAUUCCCCCGACCUGUUGCACCCACCUGAGUCGACCCAGGGAGUGGGCAUGAACGGCCUCUAAGAGUCCCCUCAGUGAAGCAAAAAUAACUGUACAAUAACAACAACAAAGUGUUGUGAUGUCCGAGCGGAUCUGAAAGUGGACAUACUUGAGUGUAUGCAAAGUGUUAAAACUGAGUAAGCAAAGGACUCAUUCUUUUGACUAUUUCCGAGAGUUUCAGACUAAUGACCGCAGAAUUUCAUAGCUGUACUAUCACAAUUUCUCAUUCAGACAACUGGAAGUGUAAUCACAUUUUGUUGGCACACUGGAACAGGGCACAACUUUUAUGUUUUUUGCAGUCUGAUUUGAAAUUCUUCUUUUAAUUUUCUUGAAUACGCAAAAAAAAGCAAAAGAAAAAAGAAAAACCCUGCUGUUUAAAAAAAAUGCAGGCCUGCAGUGUAAGUUGUGCUACUGCUGUGAUAGAUAAUGUUCAAAACCAAACUGUGGCACUUUAUUCACGAGCAGGAGACAUUGCUUAUGUGUGACGGGCUGCUCGGUGUAGGAACAAAUACCUGUAGAGUUUGGAAGAUUUGGGCUGUGGUUGAUUUGUUAUAGCCGUCUGAUCCCCUCAUCAGCUGUAUGUUCAUAUCACAUAUUAAUACUCACGCCACAACCUACAGUAUGUGCGCAGUCUGUAAGUAAACCAGCUGGGGUUACUUUGCUGCAAAAAUGUGUUGUAUAUACUGAGAAAUGUAGGUUAGAAUAAUGACAGCCCCAUGUAAAGGUGAGUAAUGUAUUUGUCCAGGAGACGAUGAUGAUUUUGUAUAGGUAUUUCUAGUUGUAUAUGGACUCUAGUAAAUAUUUGAAAUAUACGAGAAAAUGUACUUUGAUUUUUCUUUGACAUGAUAUGAAAUGUAUUGUGUGGAGUUCUAUUUAACCACCAGUUGUUUUGUUUUUUAAAUUUUAUUUAGGAGUCUAUCAUUAGGCGCACUUUGAAUUUAUUUGUUAAAGGUUUGGAAAUCAUUCCCUGUUUACCCACUCGUUUAAUUUAAGCAAGCAUGAUGUAAAGUGAUUUUAAUUUUACGAUGAUAUUUUUGUUUUUCUUUUUCCUCCGAGACUGGCUUCUUAUGUGAGCCACUCAAUAAAGUCAGUAUGAAUUCAGAUCAGCCCAUCGACUCACUUUGUCUUAUUGUUGAGUCGAUUUAAUGUAUUUUAACGACGAUGGUCUGAAAUUUAUUUUUUACAUCAUAUCGUUUUUAUUCAUGUGUAAUAAUACAGGUGGUGCGUUCAUGACCCCCUUGCAAGCACGUUUUUAGGGCCAGAGGGGGAAAGGCCCAGAGGAAGCUCGAGGCCUUCCUUGGAUAAUUAUCUCAUUUUAACAUCAACAUUUAACAUGUAAAUUGGGAGUCUGCUUUGGUAUUUAGAAAUUUUAAGAAAUGUUGUAGGAAAAUUUGACUCCAGACUGUUUUCCCUUUUGGCAGCCGAAGUCUGGUUUUCUGUCUUGUGCAAAAAUGAGAUUUCAAACUUCCCAGAGGUCCAAGUCAACACUGCUCACAAGCGCUUUUUAACCCUCUAAUCAUUAGACUUUUAAAAAUAUUAAACUAUAAAUUCCCACAAAUAACCACAUUUCCAGUAAACAUUUUAAUCAAUUUUUCGUUAUGAUAUUUUCCCGCGAAAUCCGAUAAUGAUUACCAGACCCUCUCCACAAUUACGCACUUUGGUUCACCACAGAUUGUCUUCAUAGGGCAGUAUGUUCAGUGUUUGAAUUUUGAAUAACUUCAUUAUAUAAUAACUCUAUAAUUUUUUAGUAACCGUAUACUUUGUAGAGUAAUGUGUUUUUUUCCUAAUUAAAAGCUAACUCCAGUCUCAGAAAAUGGUCCGUGGCAACAAGUUUUGUUCCCUUGAAGAUCGAUUUGCACUUGAAGCUGGACCAAUCACUCUGUCUAUCAAAAAAAAAAAACACUUGAACCACUAAAAUAGGACUCGGCAAAUAGACUUGGUUUCAAAUAGUUUUAAUUCGUGAAGUAACAAAUAUUCGUAUUGGGACAGAUAUUAAGUAAAAACAGACGGGUCACUGGUGAUUACCAUAUUUUCUCUAAACUUUCACCAUGCCUAAUUUUCCAGUCAGUUACAGCUUGUAAAAGAGCAAAAUCAGUAUGUAUUCUCAUUUAUCUAUUUUUUUCAGAAUCAUAUUUAUCAAAUUUAAAACACACGAUUGCCUGCGCACUGAUCGUUAAGACCACCCUGUAAUCUUUGUAACUAAAAUUAGGGGCAUGGAUAAUAACCGAUCAUGAAAUUAUUGACACUUUGUUCAGCUGCUUUUUCUUUUCUUUGGCUGCUCUUGUUGGUAAACUAAAGCCUGUGUCUCUCAAACGGCACUUCCCAGUGCUCUGCAUGCGCAAUUUAAUAGCGCCAUCUAGCGCGACCAACAUCUACCCUGUCCACCUUGGACCCUCUCCAGUCAGAGAAAUCCCUGGUUUGGACUCUGAUGUUUUAUGUACCAUAACUAAACUGUCCAUCAGUCUUGCUGCAUGAAACCAUUCAAACUACUUUUACAGAACUUUGAGACUAAAACUCGAGGCUUUGGUUUGAAAAACUUCAACUUCUAACUUCAGAGUAAACCUCUUAUAUAUAUUUUUCCACAGGAGACAUUCACACUUUUAACUAAAAUGCAAAGUAACCUACCUAAGCCAAGCCAAUCACACAUCAUCACAGAAUCUGAAGACAGACGCACAAUAAAAGCAAAUAGGCUUGGAGAAAUAGUUUAAAAUGCGUCAAACAAUUUGUUGACUAAAGUAAAAGUAUUUAGAAGAAUGUAACUCAAUCUCUCUGUAAACAUAAUGCAGGGGACAUGCAUGAGGAUCUCAGGGGGGUGAUGCUGACUGUUUUGCGCUGAAAAAGGACCACAAUAACACAGCGAAGUAAUUUUUUCCCAGUACAUUCUGGUACACAGUAAAAUGUACCAGUAUAUUCAUAUGCAUGUAUACAGGAGUAUGCGCUCGAGUUAGCCUUUGUAUUUUAUUCAUCUGCUUUCGCUUUCCUGUCAGUAUGUUGUCUUCAGCUUUGCAGUAAAGCAGAAAAAGUGGCGGGGAUAACAGUCAAAGUUUCAGAUUAAACCAGAGUGGGCUCAAGUUAAAUAUGAAACACUGACAGAGCUGAGCAGACGGGCUCUGACAGAGUUCACCUUCGCUGAUUCCAUUAAAAUCUACUGCAGUUAUGUCUUUGGGUUGGAGAAGCACUGAAGGACUUGACCUGCAGUUACAUAUCAAAUAAAUUAUCUCUUUAAAAUUCCCCCCAAAAAUAAGAAAUGACAGCUAGAAAAGAUAUAUUUAUAUAUAUAUAUAUAUUUUUUUUUUUAGUCAAGGAAGUGAAACACACCCUGAUGAUGAGACUAAGAGGAAUAUGUGAACAACUGGUUAACAGCUGGACUCUUAAAAAAUAAUUAUUACUGAAUUCAAUAAGUUGUCAAC